GGUUGGGCCGGGCCGCCGCUCCAGGCGAGGGCGCUCCAGGCCGGUCUUCCGGAGCAGUCGCGCGCCGCCCGCGCCCCUCUAGCCGCCGGGAGAUGGCGCAGUGCGAGUCGGGAAGGCGGCGGGCAGGUGCGGCCCUCGGCGGCUGAGGGCGCUAUGGUAGGUGGCGAGGCGGCCGCUGCGGUGGAGGAGCUGGUUUCGGGAGUGCGGCGGGCGACCGACUUUGCGGAGCAGUUCCGCUCCUACUCGGAGAGCGAGAAGCAAUGGAAGGCCCGCAUGGAAUUCAUUCUGCGCCACCUGCCUGACUACCGCGACCCGCCCGAUGGCGGCGGCCGCCUGGACCAGCUGCUGUCCCUCUCCAUGGUCUGGGCCAACCACCUCUUCCUGGGUUGCAGUUACAACAAAGACCUUUUAGACAAGGUGAUGGAAAUGGCUGAUGGAAUUGAAGUGGAAGACCUGCCACAGUUUACUACCAGAAGUGAAUUAAUGAAAAAGCAUCAAAGCUAAAAGAGAAGAUUCAUCACAUUUUCAUCAUCAGCUACAGGCUUAGAAAGGAGGCUGGGAUGAAUGUGACACUGACCACAGCAGCUCUCUUUAAGACUCCUGAUAUUAACGUGUAGGAAAAGAGGAAUCUUUUUGGAAUCAAAAGGAAUCUUGUCUAGAUUGGCAUUUUAAAAGGUCUCAUUCUUCCAGUAGGUAUCAUUGUAAAAGUAAGCAUGGAUAUUUAUGUAUUUAUAAAUCAUGGCUUUUUAAAAUUAUUUUCAGUUUUUGAAUGUCAUUCAAACUUUCUGUUAAAAAUGCCUAUGCCUGUUUUAUGUUGAUGUAAUAAUGGCAGGUAAUGAAUUUUACAACUUGGAUUUUUCAACAAUGUACGCUUAUGUGUAA